CGUUCACAUUGAUUCCACUGCGAGAACAAGCGAUUGCUAGUCCUCUUAUUACAGCUGCAAGUACCCUGGCGGAGCUCAUUCUAGUGCGUGGUUUAGCACAGCUAUGGAGGUUUUCAUUGUGCUGCUCUUAGCUUUGGGUGCUUUCUACCCUUCCGCAACCGUACUGGCCCAGCAGAACCAACUGCCCCAAGAUCCCGAAAUUCCCGAGCAACAAGAUCAAUCAGUACAAUCGGUCCAAUCGAUCCAAUCGAUCCAUAAAAUAACGCGUCAUGCGAGCACUGGACCGAUCGCCGACUCAACCACCCCUAUGUCCCCGGAAGGACAAACAUCUGCCAACGGAGACGCGCCAACAACGCCGGCCCAAUCUGCCGAGCAAAAGGCCACAACACCAGCCCCAUCCAAUCCUACCGAUGAUGCAGGUCCAGCAGAUCCGACCCAUGACAAUCCCGAUGCAAACAAUCCUUCCGCCACUCCAUCCGCACCUGUCCCAAUAGUGCUUAACAUGAACGUUAUGGUAGUGGGCGAGACACCUUACGAGUAUAGUGAAUUUGAGACGGAAAAGCUGCCCGAGCUUUAUCUCAUUGAAAAGCUGCAAAACAUACUUGAUCCCAACCGACGCAAUGCACAACAUUCGAAAUCACAUAAGGUGGAAGAUAUCAUGAGGGUGACGCCACCCUUGGUGACCCAGCCAGUUCUGUGGGAUGAUGAGGAUGACGGAUUUCCGGGUAGGAAACAUCGUACCACGAGCAAGGAUUGUCUGUUUUGUUGAAGUUUUUUGUUGAAAUAAAGUCCUGCUGUUUAUGUGCAUAUUCUGUGAAAUAACAGUAUGAUACCCUUUGA